AUGUUCGACUACAUCGACGAUCUGGGUUUGUCCUCUCUCUUUAUUGACGACGUCGACCAUGCCUUCGUUCCGCAGGAUGAUCUCGCUGCAUUUGAGUCUCGAGACGCGUACUACGUUCUGCCCUCUGGCCCUGGUUCAUCAUCAAGUGGUAUCCCGCGCGAGCUCUUCGACAAUCCAUUGGCCGCGCUUAUGCCCGUUGCGCAACCACCGCAUGGCCCCGACGCGAUGAUGCACGAACAUCUCAUCAACGGUAUUACACCUUGGUUCUUCGCUACACCAGGCAAUCAGGGUCCGCCUCCUGCAUCCACGCCCUGCGAUACCUUCUUCGCGUAA